UCCCCAAGCUGGAGGGCGUUUGAGUAGGAACGGAAUUGAGGUGGAGAGCUAAACGGAAACGGGUUCUCCUGAUAGAGGGGCUGGUAAGGGCCGGUUCCGGGUGUCACUUACUUGGCGACGGAGGUGGAAGGGGGGGAAGGAGAAGAAGAUGGCGUCCGACAUGGAGACAGAAGUGCAGGCCCUUGACAGAAGCCUCCUGCAAUGUUCCUCCGAGGAGAUUGCCCUGAACUGGCUGCAAGCAUCUGAUCUUCCUAAAGAAAUAUAUAAGCACCUAGCCUGUUAUGUGCCCCAAAUUUACUGCAGAGGUCCCAAUCCAGCCUCUGAAAGAGAAGAUAUGCUUGCACAACAUGUUCUUCUGGGCCCAAUGGAAUGGUAUCUUUGUGGUGAAGAUCCUACUUACGGCUUUCAAAAACUUGAGCAAGCAAACAAACCUUCACAUCUUUGUGGCCGAGUUUUUAAAGUUGGAGAACCUACCUAUUCUUGCAGAGAUUGUGCAGUUGAUUCAACUUGUGUAUUAUGCAUGGAAUGCUUUCUGGGAAGUGUUCACAGGGAGCAUCGAUAUAGGAUGACAACUUCAGGUGGAGGUGGUUUCUGUGACUGUGGUGACACUGAAGCUUGGAAAGAAGGUUUUUACUGCCAGAAGCAUGAACACAGUACUUCAGAAACUGAGGAGAAUGAGGAUCCUCUUGUGCAUUUGCCAGAAGAUAUGAUAACGAAAGUGUAUGGUAUUUUUGCAGUUGUCUUUCAGUAUGCUGUAGAUAUAUUAACAUGGGAGAAAGAAAAUGAGUUGCCACCAGGUUUAGAAACAGCCAAGAAAAAUGAUACUUAUUACUGCAUGCUUUUUAAUGAUGAAGUCCACACAUAUGAGCAAGUUAUUUAUACACUUCAAAAAGCAGUGAAUUGUACACAGAAGGAGGCCAUUGGGUUUGCAACAACUGUGGAUAGAGAUGGGCGCAGAUCAGUUCGCUAUGGAGAUUUUCAGUAUUGUGACCAAGCCAAAUCUGUGAUAGUGAGAAGUACUACUCGCCAGACUCGGCCAUUGAAGGUUCAAGUUAUGCGUUCAUCUAUUGUUGCCCAUCAAAGCUUUGGUCUGAAGCUUCUCACUUGGCUGAGUAACAUUAUCGGAUAUUCAGAUGGUCUUCGUAGAAUAUUGUGCCAAGCUGGUUUACAAGAAGGACCGGAAGGAGAAAAUUCUUCCCUUGUUGAUAAAUUGAUGCUUUCUGAUUCUAAACUUUGGAAAGGAGCUAGAAGUGUGUAUCAUCAAUUAUUCAUGAGCAGCCUACUUAUGGAUUUGAAAUACAAGAAACUGUUUGCUCUCCGGUUUGCCAGAAAUUAUCGGCAGUUGCAGAGAGAUUUUAUGGAGGAUGAUCACGAGCGGCCAGUGUCGGUGACUGCUCUCUCUGUUCAGCUCUUCACUGUACCUACUCUGGCAAGAAUGUUAAUUGUAGAAGAGAAUCUCCUGACUACUAUAAUCUCAACAUUUAUGGAUCACUUACGACAUAGAGAUAUACAGGGGAGAUUUCAGUUUGAACGGUAUACUGCACUACAGGCAUUCAAGUUCCGACGAGUGCAAAGCCUGAUUCUGGAUUUAAAGUAUGUGUUGAUAAGCAAGCCAGUUGAGUGGUCAGAUCAACUGAGGCAAAAAUUUCUAGAUGGCUUUGAUGUCUUCUUGGAAUUGCUGAGGUGUAUGCAAGGUAUGGAUCCAAUAACCCGCCAAGUAGGACAGCAUAUUGAAAUGGAACCAGAGUGGGAAGCUGCAUUCACACUGCAAAUGAAAUUAACACAUGUUAUCUCAAUGAUGCAAGACUGGUGUGCUUUAGAUGAAAAAGUGCUUAUUGAAGCAUAUAAGAAAUGUUUGACUACUUUGAUGCAAUGCCACUGUGGUUUUACUGAUGGAGAACAGCCUAUUGAACUCAGUAUGUGUGGCCAUUCAGUUGAAACUAUCAGAUACUGUGUUUCUCAGGAAAAAGUUAGCAUUCAUCUUCCUGUUUCCCGUUUACUUGCAGGUCUACAUGCACUUUUGAGCAAAACAGAAGUAGCAUACAAGUUUCCAGAACAACUGUCAAUGAGUGAACUUAGUCCACCUAUGUUAAUAGAACAUCCCCUGCGAUGUCUAGUUCUAUGCGCCCAAGUUCAUGCUGGAAUGUGGCGGAGAAAUGGAUUUUCACUUGUUAAUCAGAUAUACUACUAUCAUAAUGUAAAGUGCAGAAAAGAAAUGUUUGACAAAGACAUAGUAAUGCUCCAGACAGGUGUGUCUAUGAUGGAUCCAAACCACUUUUUGAUGAUGAUGCUGUGUCGCUUUGAACUUUAUCAGAUAUUUAGUACACCUGAUUAUGGCAAAAGAUUCAGUUCUGAAAAUACCAAUAAGGAUAUGGUUCAGCAAAAUAAUACCCUCAUUGAAGAAAUGUUACACCUAAUUAUAAUUAUUGUUGGAGAAAGAUUUACUCCAGGAAUUGGGCAGAUUAAUGCUACAGAUGAAAUCAAAAGAGAGAUUAUUCACCAGCUGAGCAUCAGACCCAUGGCUCAUAGUGAAUUAGUAAAAGCAUUGCCAGAAGAUGAAAACAAAGAGACUGGAAUGGAAACUGUCAUUGAAGCAGUUGCCUGUUUCAAGAAACCAGGAUUAACAGGAAGAGGCUUAUAUGAGUUAAAGCCAGAAUGUGCUAAAAAUUUCAAUUUAUACUUUUACCAUUUUUCAAGGGCAGAACAGUCUAAGGCAGAGGAAGCCCAAAGAAAACUAAGACGACAAAACCGGGAAGACACAGCACUCCCACCUCCUGCAUUACCAUCCUUUUGCCCUCUGUUUGAAAGCCUAAUUAAUAUUCUACAGUGUGAUGUCAUGUUAUGCCUUAUGAGAACAAUCCUUCAGUGGGCAGUAGAGCAUAAUGGAUAUGCCUGGUCAGAGUCCAUGCUACAAAGGAUUCUCCACUUGAUUGGAAUGGCAUUACAAGAAGAAAAACAACAUAUUGAGAAUGCUAGUGAAGAUAAUCUUGUGACUUUUACAUUCACUCAGAGGAUUGCAAGGCCUUGUGAGACACCCCGCAAUUCCCCAAGUAUAUUAGCCAUGCUAGAAACUUUGCAAAAUGCACCCCACCUAGAAGUGCAUAAAGACAUGAUCAGAUGGAUACUAAAGACUUUUAAUACUGUUAAGAAACUCCGAGAGAGAUCUUCUACAAGUCCUGUUUUGGAGACUGAGGGAAAUUUUAUGGAAGAGAGUUCACGAGAUAAAGAAAAGGCUGAGAGGAAACGAAAAGCAGAGAUUGCUAGAUUGCGAAGAGAGAAGAUCAUGGCACAGAUGUCUGAGAUGCAGCGGCAUUUCAUUGAUGAGAACAAAGAACUCUUCCAGCAAACCAUAGAUGAACUGGAAACUUCUACCUCCAGAGUACACGAUCAUAGUCCUUCAGUUUCAGACUCCAGGCUUAUUGCCUUGGGUCCCGAGCAGACUAAAGUAUGUGAACAAAGACAGAUAGUCACUUGUAUCUUAUGCCAAGAAGAACAGGAGGUCAAAAUGGAUAAUAGAGCAAUGGUGCUGGCAGCAUUUGUUCAGAGAUCAACAGUCUUAUCCAAAAAUAGGAAUAAAGUGAUUUCAGAUCCUGAAAAGUAUGAUCCAUUAUUUAUGCAUCCAGACCUGUCAUGUGGAACACACACUGGUAGUUGUGGACAUAUUAUGCAUGCACAUUGCUGGCAAAGGUAUUUUGAUGCCGUGCAAGCAAAAGAACAAAGACGACAACAAAGAUUACGAGUGCAUACAAGUUACGAUGUAGAAAAUGGUGAAUUCCUUUGUCCUCUCUGUGAAUGCUUAAGCAAUACUGUCAUUCCUCUUCUUCCUCCUCCAAGGACUUUAUUUAGCAGAUUAGACUUUGCAAAAGAACAAAAUCUAGUUCAGUGGAUAAGAAGAUUGUCUCAGCAAAUCAAAGCCUUGGUUAUGCUUCGAGAUCAGGAAAGUGCCAAUAAUCUUCCUUGUAAUAACUCAGAAAAAAUGGAUGAAGCACAUCUACCUGAAGGAUUUAGGCCAGAGGUUCAACCAAAGAAUCCAUAUUCUGAAAGCAUUAAGGAAAUGCUGAAAACAUUUGGCACUGCAACAUAUAAAGUUGGCCUGAAAGUUCACCCCAAUGAAGAGGAUCCACGUGUACCUAUAAUGUGCUGGGGCAGUUGUGCAUUUACAAUCCAAGCAAUAGAACAAAUUUUAGCUGAUGAAGAAAAACCAUUAUUUGGUCAAUUGUCUUGUAGACAGGAUGACUGUCUUACUUCAUUAACACGAUUUGCGGCUGCACAGUGGACAGUUUCUUCACUAUUAGCAGUACAGGGUCAUUUUUGUAUGCUUUUAUCAUCACUGGUGCCUUAUGAAAAAAGUGGAAAUCUUCCAUGCAUUCUUGAUAUCGACAUGUUUCAUUUAUUGGUAUGCUUGGUAUUCUCUUUCCCUGCUGUACAUUGUCAGGACUUUUCAGGAGUCAGUCUUGGUACAGGAGACAUUCAUAUCUUCCACCUUGUGACUAUGGCACAUAUUGUGCAAAUAAUACUUACCUCAUCCACAGAAGAAAAUGGCAUGGACCAAGGAAACUCUACUGUUGAAGAAGCUGCUGUUCUUGCUUUGCAUAAGCAUAUUGGCCAGUGUGUGGGCAGUGCCUUGAAAGAAAUUUCUUCUGGAUGGCACCUAUGGAAAAAUAUAAAAACUGGGAUCAUGCCUUUUCUGAGGUGCUCUGCUAUGUUCUUCCACUAUUUAAAUGGAGUUCCCAUACCACCAGAAUUGAAAGCCAAUGGGUCAAACCAGUUUGAAUACUUAUGUAGCUAUCUCUCCUUGCCAAGCAACCUAAUUUGCCUUUUUCAAGAGAACAGCAAAAUUACAAAUACAUUAAUAGAAAGCUGGUGUAAUAACAGUGAAGUAAAAAGAUGCCUGCAAGGUCAGCAACAAGCCAUAUGCUAUCCACGAGAGUCUAAUAAAUUAAUAGAACUCCCAGAAGAUUACAGCUGCCUAAUCAAUCAAGCAUCUAAUUUUUCGUGUCCAAAGUCAGGUGGUGAUAAAAGUAGAGCACCAACAUUAUGCCUUGUCUGUGGAACUAUGUUGUGUUCUCAGAGUUACUGUUGUCAAACGGAGCUAGAGGGAGAAGAUGUAGGAGCAUGUACUGCACAUACAUAUACAUGUGGCUCUGGAGUCGGAAUUUUCCUCAGAGUACGUGAAUGUCAAGUGCUAUUUCUCGCUGGAAAAACCAAGGGUUGUUUCUAUGCUCCUCCCUAUUUAGAUGACUAUGGAGAGACUGAUCAGGGACUCAGGCGUGGGAAUCCUUUACAUCUGUGCAGAGAAAGAUUUAAAAAGAUUCAAAAACUCUGGCAACAACACAGUAUCACAGAGGAAAUAGGACAUGCACAAGAAGCAAAUCAAACUUUAGUAGGCAUUGACUGGCAGCAUUUAUAAUUUUAUUUUCUGAGUUCUAGAACUGAAUAAUUCUUUUGUAAUCCAUCAUAAUACAUCAAGCAAAAAAGAAUUAGCAAACAAAGGAUGGAAAAUAAUAAAGAGAAGAAUUGAUUUUUUUCAUUUUUGUUUUAUACAUUUAUUGGUUACCAUAACCAUAUAACUUUACUGUGUAGCAUAUUUAAUUAAUAGUAUUAUUUGCACUGAGCUUCCUUCACAAUCUCUGUUGAUGUCUCUAACUUGACUGAAUGAAUUUGUACAAAGUUAUACUUGGCAUCUACUGAAACUUCUUUAGAUAUCUGAAGGAAGAAGAAAAAUUUGGCUGAAAUAGCAUCUUGAUCAAGCACAAUGCUGAAGCAGUGUGGUCUCCUUUUUGUAAGAAAUCUGAGCCAUUUUGCAUUUUAGUACUUAAACUGUUCAAUAUUUGGAAUUAGCUGAAAAAAGGUGCAAAAAUGUAGCAAUGGAUUUAUUUACAAGAGUGCUAAAUAACACUCAUAUUGAAAAUGACUUUGUAAUCUGCAGUCUUGCAUGGUUCCUUGGCACUAGUCCUUUUAACUAAAAGAGAACACUUCAUAAGGGAAACUAAUUAUCUUCUUGAAGUCAUGCACACUUUAGGAGUAUUUUGUGUGGAUUGUGAUAUUGACAUAGUAAACAAGGACUGUUUUUCCACAAUAUGAUUGGUAGACUUUGAUAUUGCAUUGUUUUUCUUAGAAUGUAAGAUAGCAACUUCAUCCCUUGGAGGAGUCAUGUAAAUCUUGAUUUAAUCUCAAAUUGAAGAAGCUGAGAAUAAGAAUUUUUUAAAUAUUUAUUCCAGUUUUAAAGAUUCUAGAUAUAUUAGCCUUUUUACAAUUCUUAUGAUGAAACAGAGGAACCCAGUAUCUGUGGGGGUCCAGUUGCAAAAUUUAAUAGUUACUAAUUUCCUUCGCAAGCACCAACAAACACAUGAAUUUGCACUUGGCUGGCAUUCAGUAAAGAAGUUUGUCUAUAGUAUACUUUAUAAGUAUAUUGAAAACUGCACAGAUUUUGCACAUGGAUGCCUGAAGGCAGUGAAUUUUCUAAAUACUAUACUUUCUGGAGAGUUAUCAUCUAUCCUUUAAAAUACCAUUUUUUAAAAAAAAUGCUUUAUUACAUAAUCAUAAUCUGUAAUCUUAUCUAAUGCUGAUAAAGUAGGGAAAUUUUAGAACACUGCUGAAAAGCCAUCCUUUUAACAUGCAUUUUCAUGUUAUUAUAAAUUAUUUUUUUUAACAAACAGGAUAUAUCACUUCAUGCUGUCUUGUCAGAAUAGUUGCUAUUAAUAUAUCAGACACAUACAAAGUUAGAUGAAUUUGGCUGCCUUUUAUUAGAGUGAAAUUGAGCAGCCUGAUUACAGUCUUCCUAAUGCAUUAGUAGUAACCUAGGCUCUUUUUCCUCUAUGUGUUGAAUAGUAGUAGUUUCAUUUUCCUUCUUCCUCAGUCUAGAUUGUAGAUACUUGGUGUGACUGAUGCAUUUAAUUUGCUAAUUCUGCUCUAACACAAUUUAUUUAAUAUAAAAUUUGCUUUAAGAUAUACACAGUAACAAUGCAUUCAGUUCUAUGGAGUUUAUCCUCCCGCCCCUUGUGAUUGCAUAGGAAAAAUCAGAAACAAGAAUAAAGAAAGCUCUGCUGCUUUGUAAAAAAGAGAAUUGUACAAAGUAAAUAUUGGGAUAAAUGCCCCCUCCAAGUACUACAGAUGAGAUGAAGGUCGAAUAGGUGGUGGUUUUAAGGUCAUGACACAUAAAGUGUGUAAUUUAUCCUGGUUUUUAGCAAGGUUGCUGCUUCUUCAAUUGCCCAUUUUCUUCUUUGUUUUUCUUUCAGCAUGUAUUUAUGUUAAUUAUAGAAAUAUUUAUAUAACAAGCUUUCACUAUCAGGGAAUUCAUACCUGUAAUGAAUGACUUUCAUAUCUGUGAACAACUUGUAAAAAUUAAAAUGUAUCAUAUGUAUAAAAUAUAAGAAUAAAUGCUUUAGGUGUUGUUGAUAUUUAA